AUGGGGCUCAUUGUCCUGGCCUUCUGUUAUUUUUUGUGGACAGACAAGCAGGCUGUGGAAGACAUUCAACGCCAACUCCAGGGCCAUGGGUUCCCGAAGCCCAUGGAUGUGGACGCCACCUGCGAACCUCAACGCCCAGCACAGAAGCGCCUCGUUGAUGCGUUGACUGCGCCGGUAGACGACACUCUCGAAGGCUACUAUCAACGCCGGGACAACCUCAUCGACGCUAUUGUUGCUUACUGCAGCGUGGUGGAAGGCCGAACCGUACGCAGAACCAAUAGCUCGGCAGUGAGCAAGCCAGCAACCAGCCCUGAUUCCCGCCCCUCAGAAGAGAGCCCGCUAGAAGUUGCCAUGUUGUCUGUAUUCAUCAAGCACGAGAAGGAGCGGCCGAGGCGGUGCUUUUUGUGCAUCGGCGCUGCACUCUCUCUCGAGGCGAAUGUCCCUCGCUUGAAAGAGCUCACUCAUGAAUUUUACACGCCUGGUGACCUAUCCAAGCAUUUUCGUCGAAGGCAUCUCAAUCAGUUGUCUACUGAUGCUAAGCUGCGAUGUGAGGCGUGUGACUUGGAUUUGGAGUGCGAGAUGCAUUUAAAGAGCCAUGCCUUGAAGGUUUACGGCACGGUUCCCUAG